CCCUCACGCAUAGCAAUAGCGUGUCAUUACGCAGCGUCACGUGUGAUGAAGGACGCGCCAGGCACCUAGAGCGCCACGCGUGAGGCUUUUGGAGCCGCGGGCCGGCUACUGAUGCGGGGCCCGUCGCGGAAACGAGGUUUCCCUUGUGGCUGCUGGCAAUGUCCAUGAUCUUGUCUGCCUCAGUGGUCCGUGUGAGAGAUGGACUCCCUCUAUCUGCCUCUACUGACUAUGAGCAAAACAGUGGUGUGCAGGAGUGCAGAAAAUACUUCAAAAUUCUUGCAAAGAGACUUUCUCAGCUUCCAGAUAGAUGUACUUUGCAAGCAGGACAGUAUAACAUAAAUUUUAUUAGUUCCCUGGGAGUGAGUUACAUGAUGCUCUGCACUGAAAAUUACCCCAGUGUCCUGGCUUUCUGCUUCCUGGACGAGCUUCAGAAAGAGUUCAUUACCACAUACAACAUGAUGAAGACAAAUACGGCUGUUAGACCUUACUGUUUCAUUGAGUUUGAUAAUUUCAUUCAGAGGACCAAGCACAGAUACAAUAAUCCACGCUCUCUGUCAACAAAAGUAAACCUUGCUGACAUGCAGACAGAAAUCAGGCUGAGGCCACCAUACCAGAUUUCUUCAUCUGAAUUAGGUUCAGCCAAUGGAUAUCCACACAUAUCUCUUCCAGAAUACAGAGGUGCUGAGAAAAUAGCUACGGGCCCUCAUCAGCGACUGGGACCUGUGACGCUGUCUGGGAUAGUUUCCUUUGUACUGAGUCUUUUAUGUGGAGCUUUGAAUUUAAUUCGUGGUUUUCAUGCCGUAGAGAGUCUUCUGCAGGAUGAGAGAGAAGACUUCAGCUACAUUAUUGCCUUUUUUCUUGGCACAGCAGCUUGUUUAUAUCAGUGCUAUCUGUUUGUAUACUGCACAGGCUGGCGGAACAUCAAAUCCUUCCUAACGUUUGGCUUAAUCUGCCUGUGCAAUAUGUAUCUUUAUGAACUGCGCAACCUUUGGCAGAUCUUUUUUCAUGUAACUGUGGGCGCUUUUUCAAUGUUACAAAUCCGGCUAAGGCAGCCACAAGGGAAGUCUCCUGAUUACAACGUGUGAUGGUUGUCCUCCGAAAGUCUCAAAGCAAGCUUUAUCCAAUCAUUAUUCCUCUCAGGAAUGAACAGCUUUUCUGGAAGAGAGAAGCUCCCCAUAUUCAAGACAUUAGUGACUCUGCAGUGCGAUUUUUCCUCAAAGGAGAACCUGAAAAGGGGUUUGGGAACUAAUUGGGGCUAUAGCUGAAGCCCCUGUGCUAGAGAAUGUACCCUAAGGACAGAUGAGAAGACAGCAUGAAAAUCUCCACCUUCAGGAUUAUGGAAAUGACAGAGGAUCUGCACUGGACAUGUUCUGUAUAUCAGGUGAUUCCUCUAGUCUCAAGCCAGUUAGUUGGUUUUGCCUUUGUGAGGCAGUGAAAAGGAUGAAAUAAAGGGAUGGUAUUAAGAAAUUAUUCAGUCUGAAUGAAUCCCUAAAUGCCAGAUCAUUGGAUUGCACAUAAAUUUAAUGGUGUGUGUCUGCAUUCCCUUAAUUAAAAUGUAAACCAGAAACCAUCUGUUAAUCUUGGGCCCCAAAAGGCCUGCUAUCUAGUGCUCAGUUAUUUAUAAACUUCUUUACCUUUU